GCACCUUUGAAAAACACAUAGGAAAGUUCUGUAUUUGGCUUGUUGUUUCAGGCUUACAGAACCAUAAUUCCCAUUAACUCCAUUAACUGACGCUGUGUUGAAGUGGCUCAUUGUGAGCUCGGCUGCAGUGUCGCUUUAAGAAGGAGGUGGGCAGCGCUCCGAUGACGCAGGAAUAAUCCUGAAAAGAUGCUUCAAAACUCCAGGCCGGAGCCAGCGUGUGUGGUGGUUGCUGGCUGAGCUGGAAGAAUCUCCGAGCCUGGCAGGAUCAGCUGUUGGGGGAAUAUUUUGAGCAGGUUCAGGAGCCUUUGAAGGAACUCUCAAUGCAGAAUAAAACACACACAUUCAGACCGAUUCGCUUGUUUAAAAGACAAAUACAGUUAUUUACUACCAAGCCAUUUACUCACAGCGGAGGGCUUUCUGUUUGCAGCUGUAUGUGCACUGCCAAGUGGAGCCAACUUGAGGAAAGAAACAUUUGAGGAACAUCUCUCCAACACACUUCAUUUACCUGAAGUGGGACUUGGGAAGUCGCAUCAUGCCACAUCUCAGCACACUGUGUGUGUACUUUUUGAUGGUCUUGAACCCAGUUAUGACAAACACCAUCACCGAGGACAUAGAGGUUUUGGUAUUUUUGCCACAAAAUAAUUCCUACCCUUUUUCACAUACAAGAGUCGCGCCGGCGAUCCUUUACGCACAACAGAGGCUGAAGACAGACGGAGGACAGUACUCCGGGUUCCACUUCAACAUCCAGUUUGAGAACUCUAACUGUGUCAAUGAUGCUCUGUUCAUGUUAGUGGACAGGUCGUGCGGCCAAAAGCCGGAUCUGAUUUUGGGUCCGGUGUGCGAGUACGAGGCGGCGGCGGUGGUGAGGCUGGCAUCUCACUGGGACAUCCCGGUGAUCUCGGCAGGUGCCCUGGCUGCCGGCUUCAGCAACAAGAACACCGAAUACUCCCACCUGACCCGCAUCGCUCCGUCUUACGUGAAAAUGGCAGAGACCUUCACCGCGAUGUUUGAGCACUUCACCUGGAAGAGCGCGCUGCUGGUUUACGAAGACGACAAGGAGGAGCGGAACUGUUACUUCACUUUGGAGGGAGUCUAUCAUCUGAUGGCUGACUUUAACAUUAAAACAUACGCUUUCUACCACGAUAAUCGCUUGGACACUGAAGACAUCCUCCAAAACAUCCAUGACACUGAAGUGGUGAUCAUGUGCAUGGGAGCAGACAAAAUAAGAGAGAUCAUGCUGGCUGCACACAGACAACGGCUGACCAACGGCAAUUAUAUGUUCUUUAAUGUUGAACUCUUCAACGCCUCUUCUUAUGGCAAUGGCUCAUGGAAGAGAGGAGAUAAAUAUGAUAACGACGCGAGGCAAGCCUAUGCUUCUCUGAACACUGUGACACUGCUCAGAACAGUCAAGCCUGAGUUUGAAAACUUCUCCAUGGAAAUGAAAAAGUCCAUCGAAAAAACUGGGUUUCAUAACUGCAAAGACUGUGAAAGUGUCAACAUGUUUGUUGAGGGAUUCCAUGAUGCCAUGUUGCUGUAUGCCAUCGCCCUGCAUGAAGCCAUUAAAAAUGGAUACAGUAAGAAGAAUGGGACAGAGAUCACCUUGCGCAUGUGGAACAGAACAUUUGAAGGAAUCGCUGGCCAGGUAUCAAUGGAUGUCAAUGGUGACAGAGACGGAGAUUUCUCUUUGAUGGCCAUGACCAAUGUUGAGGCCGGAACCUACGAGGUGGUGGCCAACUACUUUGGUGUAAAUGGAACUUUUCAAUUGCUGCCUGCCUUCAACAACGACCAUUUCACUCUGAGGGGCAGACAUAAAGCACACACAGAAACAGCAGACAAAUCAUGUGGAUUGGGAGUAUCAGCUUUGACUGGAGUCAUAGUGGGAGCUGUUCUGGGAACUGCAAUGCUUAUAGCAUUCUACUUUUUCAGAAAAAACUACAGGAUUACUAUUGAGCGUCGCACACACAGUGAAGAGUGCGACAUCGGGAAGCACCGUCAGUUACGAGAGGACUCCAUCAGAUCGAACUUCUCAGCAGCAUAAUCCUCAGCAGCGGCAGUCCCUUCACAGAGAAUCACACAUCUAAAUGUGACCAAAGACUUUGCAAUGGUUGUUGGUGGAGCCAUGCUGUUUGAAAUUUUGUGUAUGUAUCCUCUAAUGUUUUGACUUAUUGUAACUCAGGACAGUUAUCAGUCACAAAGCACCACUUCACUUGGUUUGUCCUCCAUACAAAAAGUAUAUGAUUGUAUUGGUGUGUAGAAAGCUUUGACCAUAAUAUUCUAGGAUUUUUGAAGGAUUUUGUUUUAGGGUUUGUUUGUUUGUUUGUUUGUUUGUUUGUUUGUUUUUAAUAUUCAGAUGGCGAUUACCAUGACUGUGAAUGAUUCAGAACAGACGGCUAUAUUUGCAAGCACUACUGGGGUGGCUGAGGUUUACUUGUGCCUCUCAGGUUGACAGGACAAACAGGGGCCUCACGUUUAAGGCUGGUUAAUUAUAGUGGCAUCUCGAAACUUUGAAGACAGCCGGAGCUAACCAACUGAAAAGGGAUAUAGGCUCAAUCUAUAUCUAUAGGCUAUAAGCUACUGAUAUUAAGCUACUGAUAUUGUAAGGUUUUCAGUUCACCAUAACCUUGCUGAGAUCCAGCAGCCUCCAUAUAAAUGAAAUUACUCAUUCCUAACUAAGCACAUUGCUCUUAAAUUUAGGAAUGCUGGGUCACAUACUGUAUCAAUUUGAUCACAUCUCUUUUACACCUUUUGAUUGGCUCAUUUACAGCAUUUCCUUUUUUAAAUUUGUCAGUCUGUUACAUUCAAUUAUCACUUCAUAACAAAUUGUGGAACUACUUCCUGGUAAUGGUUAAUAAAUUAUUCACCAAUGCUUUAUAGGCCAUAGUAAGAACAACUUGGGUUGAAUCAUUUUGGCUUGAUAGGUAACCAACCUCCCAAUAAAUUUAAGGAAAAGUACAAUUUAUAACUACUUGGGAAUUUUGUAGCUCUGGCAUUUGGUUCUAUCAAUUUUUAUCAUCUGACCUAUCUGAUCUUCUUAGGUCUCAUGUUUGGUGCCCUGUUGAACCUCCUUUUUAUGUCUCCGUACUGGUGAUCAGAGGAGGUUAUUAGUGAUGAACUGAUUAGAUUUAAGUGGUCAAAGGUCAAGGUCAUUAUGACCUUGCACCUGUCUUAGCUUAUGAACAUGAAAUUUCAAGAACACCUUUAGGGAAUUUCCUUAAAUUUGGCACAAAGUCUACAUGGACUCAAGCAUGAACUGACUAGAUUUUAGUGGUCAAAGGUCAAGGUCACUGUGACGUUGCGUCUGUCUCAUUCUUGUGAAUGUGAUCUCUCAAGAUGAAGGCCUUGGAGGAAUUACCUCAAAGUUGGCACAAACAUCCACUAAAGGCUCAUUUAUGCUCAACGUUAAAUACGGAUCCGGAUACGGACAGAGCCUUCUGUCCGUGCUCUGCGUUCAUGUCGUCCGUAUUUCUGCACAUUUCCAUAAAGCUUACAGAUACGGGCAAAACGGAGCAGUACCACCCGGAACCGUGGGGGCAGUGUUGCUGUCACUACCCGAUACGUAGCUCUAGUGAGACACAAAGAAGAAAUAACAAUUCAAUUUCUUCCAUCGGCAGUACUAGAGAAAAGAAUUCUCCGUCCUCCAGUCGCGAUGUAUUUAACGGCCUCACCGACCACCGCCUCCUAUAACGCUGCCCCUGUUUUUGUCUUUUAUGAAAGAGGUACAUUAUCAAUAUCUCCUCCACAGUCGCCAUGUUUGUUUUUGAGUUUGUUGUUGUCAUAAACUUUUGACACUGGGCUGCCCCCUGGUGGAUAUAUUGGUUAACAUCCAUGCCAACGGAAAGGGCGCAUGGAAGUAUGUGGGCAGUGACGGUCACAUCGUUUGAAACGGACGUAUACAUUUUCAUACGUAAAGGGAGCAUAAAUGAGCCCUUAGACUCAAGGAUGAAAAUGACAGUGACCUCAAAAAAACAUGUUUUUGGCCAUAACUCGAGAAUUCAUGAGCUAAUUAUGACAAAAUUUACACAAAUGUCAAAAAGCAUAAUAUGAUGAUAUUUAAUAGGUCAAAAGUUCACAAAAUAGGUCAGAGGUCAACUUCACUGUGACAUCAUAGAGUUUUGCAAAAACUCUUUUCUGGUCAUUAUUCACUGUCAUAUCUCAGGAGCAAAAGGGAAGACAUUUGGUCAGAUAUUUAAUUGGUGACACUAAUCUUGGGUGUCCAUCUUGAAACUGUGCUAAUUUUAUAAAUCUUCUGUGCCACCAGAGGGAAGAUGUGUGUGAAGCAUCCAUGUUUUAGAAUUUGCAUUUAAUUUGCAGCAUGCAUAUUUGAAGCACUGUCAACUGUCUUGGCUACAUAUGAGUCUGGACAGACAUGGAUGGAUAAACUGAAACUCUAACUUUACUGAUUAACAGAGGCAUACAGGCAGUAAUUCUAGUUUUAUCAAAAUAACAGUGUUCUGACUUUGGUGAGUACAGUGUUACAACCGAUUGAACUAAUGGCCAGAGAUAGCAGUUAAAAAAAAAGACUUACAAAGCUUGUACUACUAAAGGAGGAUAAACACAAAACUUUUAAGUAAUUUAUGGCUUAUAAUGACACAUUCAUUAUGAAAUGAUUUAUUAACAUUACCAAAGAUAUAAGUUCCAAAUUUUAAACCUUUUAUAAAGUAUUUCAUAUCAGAAAGUGGAACUGAACACAUAAUCGAUUAUGAUGAUGUCAUGAUAGAUAAUUACACUUCAGACUGAGAUGCUUUCCACAGACAGUAGUGACUGCAUGAAAAAAGUAUUUCACUCUGCAUUAGUGACCUUUAGUUUUCUUAACUUUCAUGCAGAAUUAAAACACAAGGUUUUUAGAGACACAAAAUAAAGACAGUGAAGUUGGUAAAUAGCCUGCCCAGCCUGCUGGUUCAGUUUGUGUGUUGGGACAAAAUUCUGAGAGUAAACUGAUUUAUUGUAUUCAAUUUCAAAGACAGUUUUAUUCUGGAACACCACAUUCACUUGCUUUAUUUAAAGCUCUGUAUAAUGUUACCACAAUAUCUUUUGGUAUCUGGUAGGAUAUAGUGACUUAACGAUGACCUUAAUGUGUAUUUAAAUUAUUUUAUGUUAUUUAUAACAUCAAUAUUUUAAAAUAUGUCUCUCUCAGUAUUGAAAUUAUAGUGAUUAUAUUAAACUUCAUCGUAUUUGGUUUCUCCAUAUCAUUAUUUCUCCACCUUAUCUUAAAGUUCACCUAAACUUCUGUUGUUCCCAACAAUGAGUUCAUGGUAUUGAUGUAAGUUAAAAUAUUAGUGUGGGGAAUGUUUGAUCUGUAUAACAGCCAGUGACAAUUUUGGCAACGGAUAUUGAUUCUGUUCUAGUUUUAGUCUUUUGAUUAGAAUGUAUAUUUUAAUAAUUAGGAUUUGUUUUGUUCUAUGGAAACAUAAGACAAUUUAUGCUAACUUUAUUAUGUGUAGUCUACUUUCUGUCAAGCUUUUUUUAAAUUAUUAUCAAAGCCCUGCUAUCUCCUCAGUAUCACAUUGAGUUUGACCCAUUUGCACAGCAGUCAAAUAUAACAAAAAAGGAAGAAAGUGAAAGAAGUCAGUCAGUUUGAGUAAUAACAACCUCUGCUGUUUAAGCAGCUGAAAUUUAAUUGACAGAGAAAGAUCAUUACUUUAAGCAAAAAGACAUAUUUCACCGAUGUUUCCUACAUAAAACUAGGCUGCCCAUGCAGUAAAAAGAUGCAAACACUUUUGAAAUUGGUGCUACAUGACCAGAGUAAACAGAGAAAAAGGACUGUGGCAUUCACUUUUGCUCAUUGAAUAAAAAACCUACAACUACCAGAAUGGACUGUGCUCCUGCUGAUGGGUGACAUAAUGUGGACUGGUCCAUGUGAAACAAUGGCAGCUGGUGGAUUCACAAACGAUCUCGGAUUACAGUCAAAUGACAAGGUAAAACAUGUUUCUGCAAACAUUUGAGGCGAGAAAUAUGCAACUUAGUAACAGAAUCUUGGUUUAUAUUUGAUCAGCACUACUUAGUUUUACCAUUUGAUUUCCCUCUGCACAUGGGAGAAGUUACCUUGACGGCUUUCUCCAAGAAAGCUCUUUCUGACAGAAAGUUAUUCAUUUUAACCCAAACCACAACUUUUUUCUGAACCUCAACCAAGAGAUCCCUUUCUGCUAGUAAGGAAAAUGUGUUAAUUUGUUCAUUGAUGUGAAUAUGCCAAUUUUCAUACUUUUAACCAGCAAGAUGCAAUGCUAUGCAACCACAAAAUACCAUCUGUCUGUCUAAGCAGCGCUCAAACAACAUUCCAAAUUAGUCUGCACCAAAUUCUUAUAUAGGAAAUGUAUAAAUUAAAAAAAAUAACCAUCAUAUUUUCACUGGCCUCUAUGCUGCUUUACUGUUUACUAACCUAUUUUAACCUGUCUAUCGUUUAUUUUUGUCGGGUUUUCCAAUGUUUAAAAAAACCUGCGUACAUAUGCUAAUUUUGGUGGAAAAGACGUAAUAAAAACUCACCACUGUCAUGUGCUCGAUUAAGGGGCCUUAUAUCUAUGAUGUCGAUGCUAUAGCUUUUUCUGCCAUGAUCUCAAAAUUGACAAUAUAGCAUUUAGUGUCGUCAUGAUUACUGUUAGAAUAAUAAUAAAUGAAUCCGGAAGUUCUAUACAAUCUGAGUUU